GUACACUAAUGUUCCUGGAUGAUAAAAUCAAACGACACGUUCGGCACGUUUUCAGCAGCCACCGUUGGUAUUGUCAGUUAUUUCUUAGGAAGCACAUUUCACAUGAGCACAACUUUGAUUUGGUCUUAACGCGCGGUGCUAUUUACCUUGCUGGAAUAGAUCACCACAUUUAGAAUUCGUUAACAUAUUUUGUUUUGUUUGUUUGGAAACACCAUGUCUCGUUCAAUGCUACCUGUAUCACUGUGUGUGAUUGCGCUUGUCUUCACCUGUUGUAUUCAGGUCUCACUUUGUGUACUAAAUGAAACUUGCAGCACGCCCCCUGACACGUGCAGUGUAACGAACAGUAUCUGUAACAGCAUUACGAGCAUGUGUCAAUGUGCGGACACCUUCUACAGUGGCAAUACAGCGGAGUGUUUACCAAUUCUCAACCUAAAGGUGAUGGGACUUCAGUCGAAAUCCUCCACAAUUUCCUCUCUGACAUUACAGUGGACGGAGCCGACAGACAGGUCUGCGGUGUCUAACUAUCUUGUAUCAUGGACAGGGAAUCCCAGUGGUAAUGCCAUUGCCAAUGUAGGCACCAGUGAAAUGCAAAUCACAGAUCUUCUGCCUGGAUCAAUAUACACGGUGAACGUGACAACCCAGAUUACUCAUCUGGGGCAGAGUGUGACAUCACCUGCAGUAUUUGUUGGCACAAAAAAGGCACUGAACCAGUCAUGUAGCAACACAAUUGAAUGUGGGACAACGAACGCAGCCUGCCUCGUGUACAGCGGGUCUGGAUAUACGAAGAUAUGCCAGUGCACUGCAACAUUCUAUCCUCUAAACAACGAAUGCAAGAAAAAAAAAGGAUUGGAAGAGCAGUGCAGUGCAACAAUAGAAUGUGGGUCAGUUUAUGGAGAGUGUCUUGAAUACAGAGGCUCUAAUAACUUGAAGACAUGCCAGUGUACAUCAGGAUAUUAUUACCGCAACAAGCAGUGCAAGAGAGUUGAAAACCUCAAGGUGACGGGAAUUGAGCAGAAGUCCUCAACUGUGACCUCGGUGACCGUGCAGUGGACAGAGCCAUCAGACGUAGGCGACGUGUUUACCUACAUCGUGUCCUGGUCGUCAACGGAUGGGGCGUCUGGUAACGUCACUGUCAAUGUAGGAAAUACUGAGAAGGAAAUCGCUGGUCUCCAGCCAGGAUCGGUGUACACGGUAACCGUGACAACGCAGGCCACUCACCUGGGACAGACGACAGCACCGAGCUCAAUAGUUGUUAGAACAAAAAAAGCUUUGGACCAGUCGUGCACCAGCUCGCUGGAGUGUGGUACAGUUAAUACAGCCUGCCUGGUGUAUUCUGGGUCUGCUGGAUUGAAGAAGUGUCAGUGUGUAUACGGGUUCUAUCCUCUCGGUGGAUUAUGUCAGCACAAAAAAGCACUAGAUGAGGCAUGCACCGAUAUGAUUGAAUGCGGAACAACUAACGCCGAUUGUCUGGAGUACACCGGGUCUGGCGGAGUGAAAACAUGCCAGUGUUCUGAAGGGUACUAUCCCCGAUCAGACCAAUGUAAACAAAUUGUCAACCUAAAGGUGACGGGAUUAAACCAGAAGUCGUCAACACUUAAGUCAGUGACGGUGCAGUGGACGGAACCGAGAGACUCCUCGGCUGUUUUGAGCUAUGUCGUGUCGUGGAGGGCCAGAACUGAGCGUGCUUCUGGUAAACUCAAUGUGAACGUAGGGAAUACUGAGAUACAAAUCGUCGUUCCUUACCCUGGGACUUUAUACUCGGUGACUGUGACAACACUGAUUGCUCAUCUGGGACAGAGUGUAAUAACGGACAUAGCAGUUGUUGGAACAAAAAAGGCGUUGAGUCAACCGUGUAAUGACCCAUCAGAAUGUGGGACAAGUAACGCAGCCUGUCUCGUUGUCAGCGAGUCCAGUGGGUGGAAGAAAUGUUUGUGUAGACCGGGAUACUAUCCCACAAAUGGAAUAUGCCGUGAAAAAAAGGCAUUGGAACAGUCAUGCCUAACCUCGAUUGAAUGUGGGACAACGCAUGCAGGUUGCCUUGAGUAUGAUGGGUCUGGAGGCUUGAAGAAGUGCCAGUGUUCAGAAACUUACUAUCUUCAGAACAAAGUAUGCAAACAAAUUAAAAACCUGAAGGUGACCCAACUUCGGCAGAACUCCUCGACUCUAAGCUCGGUGAAAGUGCAGUGGUUAGAACCGACAGACCUUGUGGCUGUGUCCAGCUACGUGGUGUCAUGGGGAGGACGUUAUUCUGGUAAAACUGCCGUGACUGUAGGCACAACGGAAAAGCAGAUCAUAGGUCUUACGCCUGGAACAGUGUAUGCAGUAACCGUGACAACCCAGGUUACUCAUCUGGGUCAGACUAUAGCACCAGCAGCAGUAGAGGCUAGAACGAAAACAGCGUACAAUGCUACGUGUACCGAUGGAUCUCUGUGCUUGGACCCAAAAGCUUCCUGUAGCACCAUGGAACCCAGACGAUGUCUCUGUGUUACAAACUAUUUCUGGAAUUCAACCAAGUGUCUGCUAGCCCCUGUACUGACCGCAGGUUCUGUUGUGAGGAAGCCUUCCGACCAGACUCUGUUUGAGGACAGGUUUGCCAUGGUAGUCUGUGCAAGCUGUUUGUACAAACCCACAACUGGACGGGUUACUCUGGCCGGCCUCAUCGUCUACAGAGAGACAGUCUACAGAGCAGCCAGACGACGUAAACGUGAACUGAGAUACGAGGAUUACUACAACAACUACACUAACUGGAACGCUUCAAGCUUAACGGGUUUCGAAAUCCCGUACCGGGCAACCAAUGAUAGCUGGAUUAACGAAGAUUCCGAUCUAGAGCGAUAUGUCAUAGGACUGGUGAACUGCAGUCUGCGAACCCAGGAGAAUGUCACCUUCUGCAACGGUCCACUGCCUCGCGCAACCGACUUCAUAGUGGUACUGUUUGCCUGUACUAAUGAUGGUUGUCGGGAAAGUGAUGGUGCCCAAUUUUCCACAAAACCAGAUGAUGUUAACAAGGGAGAAAAUUCUGCCAUUAUUGGAGUGUCCGUUCUUGCAGUAAUAUUUUUCAUACUGAUGGUCAUACUUGCCGGAAUUCUCUUUUGGUUUGUAAGACGUGCCAAGUUGAACUCUGAAUCGCCUAGUAAGAAUAACGACAGUGCUGCCAAACACGAGGAGGUGUACGAAGUAGUAGAUGACGUCAAUGGUCAGUCAAAACUCGGCGCAGACAAAGCUCAGAAGAACAGAAAGAAAAUGCCGCCAAUUCCAAUGCAUCAGUACGAAAAGCUGGAUGGCCGGGCACCAAAGAUUCCUAAAAAAACAUAACACGUAUAGCAUUUGAGAUGCGAUGGGCUGCAGGAUCGAUUGCCCUUGGUGGAAUGUUUUUUAUGUCCCAACCAGUGUCCACGGCUGGCACAUAAAAGGUGUGGUUAGUACUGCCCUGCCUAAGGGGAAAUGGACAUGUUUAUUUCUUACAUUUUCAUUGGUGAUAAUCUUUGUGAUGAAAGCAGGUUUCCUCUCUUUCUUUUUAACCAGCAUCCAAUAGCCGAUGAUUAAUAAAUCAAUGUGCCCUAGUGAUGUCGACGAACAACACAAACUUUAACUCUCUUAAUCAGAGAUGGAUAUAACCGUAUGUUAGUCUAGACACCAAAUAACCAUAGUUUGAAAUGUUAUUGAUCCGGGUUUUCAAAGGGACAGACCCUAGUUUUAAACACUACGACAUAUCUUUCACUAUUGGAGCCGUUUUUAAUAAUUUAAGUUAGAAAUACUUAC